AUGUCUGACGCUGUUAUCUCUUACGCUACUUUGAUCUUGGCCGAUGCCGGUUUGGACAUCACCGCCGACAGCUUGACCACUUUGACCAAGGCUGCCGGUGCCUCUGUUGACAACGUGUGGGCUGAAACUUUCGCCAAGGCUUUGGAGGGCAAGAACAUCAAGGAAAUCCUAUCUGGUUUCCACGCUGCUGGUUCCGGUCCUGCUGCCACUGGUGGUGCCGCCUCCGCCGCCGCUGGUGGUGAGGCCGCUGCCGAAGAAGAUGCUCCAGAGGAAGCUGCCGAAGAAUCCGACGACGACAUGGGUUUCGGUUUGUUCGACUAA